UGUAUCAGUAGUACCCAUGUCUCCUGAUGCAGCUGCCAAAGCUUUUGACCUCCUGGCAAAUACAGAAACUUUAAAGAAGAAUCUGCAUAGCGUCAAUAUCCAUCACCAAUCAAGCCAAACUUCCAGCCACAUGCAAAACCAGCAAAACUCUAUGUCUAACCAACUGCUUGUUGGGGAAUGGGAAAAAGAAAGAAAGGCGAAAGAUAAGACUCAGUCUGAGAGAGAAGAGUAUGUGACAGAGCUUGGACAAACAAGCCCUGGUUUUACUGAGGAAUCCAACAAUCCUACAAAUGUAGGAGUAACCUCAGAGGAAAAUAUAAUCGUUCGAAUUUUGAAAGAUGUUGCUAGUUAUAAAGACAACAGGCAAGUGUAUCACUUUGACUUUGGACAUCAGUACUUCUAUGAGACCAGGAAGGAACAUACUGAAAAUUGCAUUAAUAACUUGGCAGACUGGUCUGAUGAUGCAAUUCGGCAGUGUUGGAGAAAUCUGUUUGCAGUAGUAAGGAUACUGGUGAACAUGUUCAGUUUGUUUUUGAUUGAGCUGUUAAAUUUCUUAUGUCGGUCAGUCUUCCAAGUCCUAUUGGUUGGACUCUUGACAGUAAUUGGAGAUCAUCUACUGAAGCCACUCCUGGCAUCUUUGUUCAACAGUCUACUGCAACCCAUCAUGAUAUUCCUGCUGAACGUUUUCAUUGGAAUAAGAAACCUCUUGAACCCUUCAAUUGAUAUCUUCAGGAGACUGUUAAUGCAAAUAACUGCUGUGUUGCAUGCCUUCAGACUUGUGGAAGUGAACUUGAAUAGAACUCCAUCCCAGUAUCAGGAUGUGUAGCCAAACAAGUCAUCUGUCCCAGGAUGAAUCUGAAAAGCCUUGAAGAUGAGAGUGAAGGAUGGCUGAAAGUGAAUCCCUGUGCUGGAUUGUUACCAGCAACUGGUAACUGUUUUUACCACUCUGGUCAGGUCAUAAGUAGUUUUUAGUAGCUAUUGGUUGAGAGCCAGUAGUAUGAAUUAUGCAUUCCACCAAAUAGGAGUUUUACACUUGAAGUGAGUGAUAUUUCGUCCGUCCCGUUAUUACACAAAACUUAAAUAGUGCUUACACUCAGGUCUCCAUUGUUCAAGCUUUGUCACUGUGUGCACUUAUUUUCUCUUCUACAAGGUACUGACUAUAUGUGCUUCCACUAUUUCUUUUAAAAGGCCUUUUGAGUGUUAUGCUAAUGAGUCUUGAUCAUUUCUCGCACUUGUGCUGCCUUAAAUACAACUCAUUGAGUGUCUGCACUCACACUGUCUUAUAUAAGACUUAUCAAGUAUUUAUGCUCAUGCUGUGUUCUGAAAGCUUGUGCCCAAUCAUCCUACAAUACAAGGGUUGACCGGCGUUUCGGCUUACGUUGUCCCUUAAACGAAACACUACAAGUGCAAUUAAGUGAAAGUGAUCUGCUGUUUUGUCUGUAGAACUGUUACUGUUAUUCCUCAAGGAUGUGAUUAGUUGCACUAAGCUCUGGAAUCAAGAUCGGGGGUUUCCUGAUGACUCAUAAAAUAAAUUCACCCUCUAAAUUGGUACUGAACCAUUAAGAACAGUUAGGUUACAUGUUUGAUUUCUAAUUGAUGUUGAAUUAGCUGAUCUUGGCCAGAAUGCAAAUGGGUAUUACAAUCAUCAAUUUAUCCUGGAUUCCCAGUCUUGAUUGCCAUCAAUUGGAAAAUGUGUGUGUGUAUUCAUUUGUGUAAAGUUGACAAGGACAGGAUUGAGUUUAGCUGGGAGGUGCUACAUGUUAGUGAAGCCUGCCUGUACCAAGGCCAAGGUCCUGAGAUUUCUGGUGGUCUGCUCCACCAUCACAGGCGCAGUACAGUGAAAACCCCAAUCCUCCCUAGACCAAGAAAAGGAGGUUAUUUACAUAUUCAGGAUGAAGGUAUGACACUGAUGCACCUUUUUCCAAAUUGGCAGCUGGAAUGUCACAUUGGUGCAGUAACACUUUAAUGGCAAAAAGAAGGUCUGGCGAUGUAAUAAAUCAGUACUUAAUAUUCACGUCUUCUGCUCCAUGUGAAGGAGCUAGCCUUUCAAGGAAAAUCAGAGAUUGUUUUGGUUAUCUUUCUAUGGCAAAGAUUUUUGGCCUUUUUACAGACUUCAGUUGGCCUCAUAAUCUCAAUGGAUACACAUGCUGUUGAGUCCAAAGUAAACUGAAAGGCUGAAAUUCCAGUCUGUUCCAGAAUCUUCUCUAGACAUGGUUCUUUCAUGAGGAGGACUGCUCACAGUUCCAUACACCAAAAUUUAAAGCAUGAACAUGAAAUGGUGUGGAAUCCCAGCAUUACUGGGUCCUACGCUAAAUUCCUGGUGUCUUUUCCCAUGACUGAAAAUUUAGCUUUCUGAUCUCUCCAACAUACAAAAAUGCUUGGGUCUGAGAGUCUUAGUGCAUGUGAAGAAUGAUCAAGUAAGUGGUGUACUGGAACUUCAUAGCUAAUUUUACUGUUGUGAUUUUUAAGAAAAAUGUAUGUAUUGUGCCAUUAAAAUUGAAGCUGUGCUA